AAAAUAUCCGUGGCUGAGGAUGACUAGUAAAACAAACCGCACAAUGAAUGCAUGAACAGUAGGGUCUAACAGGAAAGGUUGUGUCCAGAGUUUUUAUUUUAGUCUGAAACGUUUUAACUAACUGGAUCUGAAUAUAGUAAGACUAGAGAAGGAGCUGUAACUACGUGUGGGCGAGUUUGUUGUUGCUGUUAGGAUGUCUCUGCUCUUUCAUUUGUUGUGGUGUUCUCUGGCAAGGUUGGGAUUGGAAAGUGCGUCUACUGGUCUAGUGAGUGACAGCAUCAGUCUUGGAGAAUUUGAAUUGAAGCUAGGCAGUAGUUUUUUGACUCCUAACAUUUCUUAUGCUUAAUGCAAUAUGCUGUGUGCAUGUGUUUAUGAAUAACUUAAAGACGACUUCUCAAUAUUGUGAUUUUUCUACGCUAAUGAAAUGGCCCUUUUGCUUGGAAAGGGAAUUGGGUCAAUUGACUAAAAUUGAUUCAGUAAUGUUGUAAGACGACUGUCACGUUUGCAAAAAAUGUGCUUAGGAAUGUAUUUUAACAAAUUUAAAGUUUAUAGAGGGUGGGGAAGAAAGUUGAGACAACUUGACAAUUUUCAUUGAGAUUUCCCUUUUAUAGUUCAUGACUUUCCAAAUCUCACAGUUUACACAGGGCCACCUGUUUCCAGAGCUUGUUUGUUAUAUUAACGUGUGUGUGUGUAUUUGGGUCCCAGGGACAGGUAGUAAUGUGGUGAUGUGCUGUAGUUCAUUCAUUCCUUGAGUUGAGACUGCCUCUAGGGAGCACUGAGAGUAUGCGAGGCACCGUACCAGUGAGACAGUGACUCAGUCUAGGCUGAGCUCUUGUGGUGCUUCUCCGUGGUCUGACCUCGGUUCCACAGCGUGCGCCAGUCACAGAGGAGCUCAACUUGAGAUCCUGAAGAGCCUCCUGUGUUUCAGUGAGUAUUGUGACAGCAGCAGGAGUAGUGCAUUGAAAUCAGCUCCCGCAACGGGACUCGGCGAGCUCAAACAGGACGGUAAAAUCCACAUAAUAGUCAUCUCUGAAAGCCUGCUGUCUUUAGAAGUCGUUCCUCUUUUGAAGUGGGCCAUGAGGGCAGAAUGUUUGACGCUGGUUGCCUUAUUGGCGCUGGAAUAUGUGUGUCGGAGUGAAGCCAUGUCCACCUGUAAGUCACUGGACUUGGAGCUGGUGAAGAGGAAACGUAUUGAGGCCAUCCGUGGACAGAUACUGAGCAAGCUGCGGCUGCCCAAGGAGCCAGAGAUUGACCAGGAGGGAGACUCUGAGGAGGUCCCAACCUCCCUGAUGUCCAUCUACAACAUCACAGUGGAGCUGAGUGAGGAGCAGGUGCAGACGUACAUACCGCCCACUCGGGAUGCAGAAGAGGAGGCAUACUUUGCAAAGGAGGUCCACAAGUUCAACAUGAAACAAAGUGAGAACACCAGUAAGUACCAAAUGCUCUUCAACAUGUCUGAGAUGCGGUCUGUAUUGGGGACAGAUCGACUGCUCUCUCAAGCUGAGCUCCGUCUCCUCAUCAAAAAUCGUGGCAUGCAUGACAGCAGUGAGCAGAGGCUGGAACUCUACAGAGGCACUGGAGAUAAGGCACGUUACAUGAAGUCCCAUUUUGUCUCAAAGGAAUGGGCCAAUCGCUGGGUCUCCUUUGAUGUUACACAGACUCUGAGGGAGUGGCUGAAAGGGGCUGGAGAGGAGCAAGGAUUCCAAUUGAAGUUGCCUUGUGAAUGUGGGAAAGCAAUGGAAGAAUUCCUCUUUGAAAUAUCAGGGAUGAACAAGCCAAGGGGAGAUAAAGAAACUCUCUUCAUGAACAUGCCAAAGCCUCACAUUUUACUGAUGUCACUUCCUGUGGAACGCCACAGCCAGCUUAGCUCUCGGAAGAAACGACAAAGCACUACUGAAGAGAUCUGCUCAGACCAAACAGAGAGUUGCUGUGUGCGAAAGCUUUACAUUGACUUCCGUAAGGACCUGGGCUGGAAAUGGAUCCAUGAACCCACUGGCUACUUUGCUAACUACUGCAUUGGCCCAUGCACUUAUAUAUGGAACACAGAGAACAAGUACUCCCAGGUACUGGCUCUAUAUAAGCACCACAAUCCUGGAGCCUCUGCCCAACCUUGCUGUGUUCCACAGGUCUUGGAGCCCCUACCCAUUCUCUACUAUGUGGGUAGACAACACAAGGUGGAGCAGUUGUCCAAUAUGAUUGUUAAGUCCUGCAAGUGUAGCUAGAAUUACAUAUAUAUGCAUUUUCUUAUUCAUCGUAUUUCCUUGUACUCAUGGAGUCCUAGCGAAAAUCUGGAUGUAGUCCAGACAUCAUUUCCGAAUGUUAAUAAUAUUAUUUGACAUAUUUCCCAGCCGAGGAUUUCCCUAUUCAAUGAUUAGUGGAUGUUUUUUUAUUUACAUAGUGGUUUAUGGAGUUUUUUAAUAGUUAUUUAGAUUUGCCAAUGUCCUGGGUGUGUCAAUAGACUUGUCUUAUUGCCAUUGUGUUUCAGUAUUUACAGUGUAUUCACAAAGUAUUCAGACCCCUUCUCUUUUUCCACAUGUUGUUACGUUACAGCCUUAUUCUGAAAUGGAUUAAAUCAAAUAAAAAUCCUCAUCAAUCUACACACAAUACCUGUACAAAAGGUUGUCCCCCUCCUCUCCUCUCUACCUAACUUCCCCUUCACAGUCCCUUCAGUUUCCCUUAAGUCCCGUUAGUUUGGCUGAGCAGCCUACCUAAGUUAUCCCUCACCCAACAUAGCCCUGCCAUUCCCAAACAAACAGAGUGCUUGGAAAGGGGCAUCUGGACACUGCACCCACCCACUCAGGUCAGAGCAUUAUUGCUGUCUGAAUGGAGAAGACUCAUGUGUCUGAGGACUUUUUAUUGUCGACAGUAGCAUGAAAGUCUGACUGUUGUGUGUGAGCGUCGAAAAUAACCACAACAAUAAGAAUCCAAGUAAUUCGGAUUACCAAAAUCAUAUAAACAUAUUCAAUGGAAACGUCUGUGUGUGUGUGUGUGUGUUCAUUCAUGUUCUAACCGGACCGCACUAUAGUGAGCAGAACCAAACCAAUCAGUUCUAAGUAUAUAGCGGUUGAGGGCAUUCACAGCCGUCCGCUUAGACGGGUGGGGGCAUACCAGCCAACUGUUUUUAUGUGGUCCUUCUAGCCAGAUUUAGUGACAAACUGUUUUUUUACAUGGUCCGUCAUUUGUUCAGAUUAGUCUUUACAAUACCACAAUGACAUAGUGAAAACCUGUGAUUGUGUCGAGGCACAGAUCUGGGGAAGGGUACCAAAACAUUUCUGCAGCAUUGAAGAUCCCCAAGAACACAGUGGCCUCCAUCAUUCUUAAGUGGAAGAAGUUUGGAACCACCAAGACUCUUCCUAGAGCUGGCCGCCCGGCCAAACUGUGUAAUUGGGGGAGAAGGGCAUUGGUCAGGGAGGUGACCAAUAACCUGAUGGUGACUCUGACAGAGCUCCAGUUUCUCUAUGGAGAUGGGAGAACCUUCCAGAAUGUUUGUCAGCGGCAGGGAGUGGGAGACUAGUCAGUAUCGAGGGAAAGAAGAACAGAACAAAGUACAGCGAGAUCCUUGACGAAAACCUGCUCCAGAGCACUCAGGAACUCAGACUAAGGUGAAGUUCCACCUUCCAACAGGACAACGACCCAAAGCACACAGCCAAGACAAUGCAGGAGUGACUUCGGGACAAGUCUCUGAAUGUCCUCGAGUUGCACAGCCAUAGCUCGGACAUGAACCAGAUCGGACAUCUCUUGAGACCUGAAAAUAGCUGUGCAGCGACGCUCCCCAUCCAACCUAACAGAGGUUGAGAGGAUCUGCAGAGAAUGGGAGAAACUCCCCAAAUACAGGUGUGCCAAGCUUGUAGCGUCAUACCCAAGAAGAAUCAAGGCUGUAAAAAAAAAUCUAAAUGUAUUUUUGCUUUGUCAUUAUGGGGUAUUGUGUGUAGAUUGAUGAGGAAAAAUGUAUUUAAUCCAUGUUAGAAUAAGGUUGUAACGUAACCAAAUGUGGAAAAAGUCAAGCGGUCUGAUUACUUUCCAAAUGCACUGUAUGCUCCCUGGGGCACUUCCUCAGGAAGUAUAGAGGAAGGAGACGGGAUUAGUUUGAGUCUGUUACUCAAAAUACUGAAUGUACAAUAGCAUGAACUCCCUCUUAUUAGUUGCCGUUCAUCUUUCAAAGGAAUGCAUCUUCAUCACACCCCUUCAUCAAGUCUCAAGAAGGUAAUGGAAUAUAAAAUACAAAAUAAACAAAUUAUGAUUAAGCGUACUUGACCAACAGUUGACAUAAUUUGUAGAUACUGUGUGCCUUUAACUAUAAAUAAGUUAACAGGCUGCUUGACUGACACUCUCUGAUGGUAUGUCAGGUCGACGUGAUCGUGCUGGUUGGCUCUCACUCAAGGUUAAGUGCAUGUGAGAGUCUUUGUGCUUGCAGACACCUGCAGCCCACUUUUCACGUUUCCCUCUCCGCAGUGCAUUCCAUCUGGUGGAAAUACAGUACCACUCCCUUGGUGGGAGGCAGUCUGUAGGUGAUUAACACAAUACAAGUGAAUAAGGGGGGAGGAAGAUAAAGUAGCUUAAAUGAAAGGGUUCUCAUCUUCAGGGGUGAACACAUGGCAAAUAACGAGACACCCAGGUGUCCACGACAUGUUCAAUUCAUCUAAAGUUAAUCUACAAGUAAACUGUAUUUUGAAGCAUGGCUGUACAAAAAUAAAGGCUGCCUUUUGAGACAAUAUUA